GUGUAGCUGGUGUAAGCAUUCUCGGUCCCGCCAAAUUCGCGGAUCUCCUACGCGAUAUUACUCGGGUGGUAUCGAAGCACCUGAAGUCGAUAGAGGAUGGAUCCGACAGCAAGAGAGACCACACAGAUGACGUCAACAUGGCACUCAUCGACCAGGUUCACAAGCUGAGCCUGCAGGUGCAGCAGCUCUCCACCAGCUCUCGACCAAUCACAGUCGUCAACGCUCCACCUGCACAAGAACGAGGGGGGAGCAUUGUGGGAUAUGUGAUACCUGUGGCAGUCAUUGGUGCGGCAGGCUAUGGAGUCAUGUGGUGGAAGGGCUGGCGAGUGAGCGAUCUCAUGUACGUGACCAGGAGGGGCAUGGACCAGGCGGUGAAGCUCAUGGGGGCGAAGGUGACGGAGCUGCAAACAGCCCUUGAUACGGCCAAGAAGCAGUUGGCUGGGCGGCUGGAGGGAGUGUCCAAAUCGGUGGCAGAGGGGCUGAAGAUGCAGGCGAUAAUAAAGAAAGAUGUUAUUGAGGUGAAGGGGGUGGUUACCAGUGUGAGUCGAGACCUGGACAACAUGCAUGGGCUGGUGGAGGGCAUGGAUACCAAGCUCGCAUCGCUCGAGCAGAAGCAGGACAUUGCCACACGGGGAGUGCUGCUGCUGUGCAGCUUUGUGAGCAGAGGGCUGCAGGGCAACCCCGGCAACCAGGAGCUGCUGAAGGGCCUGGCGGACAUGUCACAGAUGGCCGUGCCACAGCUUGCCGCGGGGAAGGGCGCGCCAGCAGGGGGGGCAGUGGGGCUAUCAGGGCUGAAGGAGCUUGAAUUCAUCUCGUCUGCUUUGGAAUCUUCCGUGCACCAUACAGGGAACCUGCCUCUCGAUCCUGCCUACACGUACCAACCCACUCGCCAAGCCUCCUACCAAGCCUCCUACCAAGCCUCAACAGCAGGUUUGGAGCGGCAAACCUCUGCAUCAGCUACGGCACCGGCCGCAGCAGGAAUUGCAUCCAGACACUCAUUCGGAGCAGGAGGGGCGGCGGCAGCUGCAGCAGCCGCAGCAGCGAUUGCUACAGUGUCAGGGAGAUCUCGAGGGGACAGUGUAUCUGGACUAGGGGUAGGGGUAGGAGGAGGAGGAGGAGGAGCAGGAAUGCAUGGAUUGGGGCCAGAGCGAGGGAUGCACGGAGCAGCAGCAGCACAUGGUUUGCAUACGGCAGCACCUGCAGCAGCACAAGGUUUACAUGCAUCUGGAGCAACAGCAGAGGCGGCUGUGGUUCAGAGCGUGAGAGAGGCCGGGGAUGCGGUGUUGAGGCGAGGAGUGGUGAUUGAGGAGGUGGGGGAUGGAAGGGAGGGAUAUGGGUGGCCGCGUCCAGCGAAUGAGGUGUCGCCACCUCGUGCUCGUGAAGGAGUACCUGGCGGUUAUCCACCAAGGAAGCUGAGGCAUGCUCGUUUCGGAGACUGA